UGCGCGUUUGCCAUCGACCGUCGCAUUCGAAGUUGAACCUCCGUGGAAUCGAGAUCGGCCAGGACGGAGUGAGCAGUUUGGGUAACGUGUCGUGCAAGAAGAGCCAAGAGUGGUGAAAGGCAGGAGUGCUAGAGAGAGAGAGCGAGAAGAGGAAUAGAGAAGCGUUACUACCAUCUGCAAGCAAGCGAGUGUGAAGAGAAAAGGAGGAGGAAGAAGAAAACCCCGUGAUUCGAAAGUUGAACGUGCUCUUAUCCAACUAAACACACGCACACAUAACUUGCUCCCAACCACUACCCAGGCCCAAACCAACAUCGUCAUCAUCAGCUGCCCCCCCUCGGAGUGAACGGAAGAAGAAAUUGUGCCCAUUCCACAGUCUUCUUCUUCUGCCGUUUUGGCCUCUGUACAAUCGAGGUUACCACACGAGGACGGUGUGUGCCAAAACGAGGUGAGGGGUUUUUCUUCGCCAAAGAGAGAGCGAGCCAGCGCGAGCGGAAAAGAAAAAGCGGAAAUCGUGCGUGCGUGCGUUUAUCUGUGUGUGUUUGUUACGACGUUAUUUUUCUACGCCGUGACGUUGUCACUCUUGACUGUAUGUAAUCGAUAAACCGAGCAGCAGCUUGCCAGCAAAUCCCGUUCAAUCGUGUCUAACAAAGCAACCGACGAAAAGUUGCAGCAGGAAGCGAAGCAAAAAAGAAACCUUGUGAUUUUUUUUCUUGUUCCUGCGUGUUGCCAACACUCGCUCGCCCCCCCACCUUCCAGCCCGCGCGCGCGUCAUCAAAGCAGGCAAAAACGUGUUACAAAGCAGGCGCAGCUGCCGCCGUGUAUGUUGUGUGUGUGUAUGUGUGGUUAGCAAAUCAACCAAUAGAGAGAGUGGCGAAGCGCACCAAUACUACCUGGAUCUCACGUACAACAGUACGCAACAGCGAAAUUUGCCCUUCUAUUUUUUCGCCGUACCUGUGUGUGUAUCGGUCGUGCGUGUGUGUGUGUGUGUGCGCGUUUCGUUUUUGCAACAUCAUCAUCAGUAAAGCAGAGAAACGAGCCGCUUCAGCCGCAGCAGCAGCUUUUAUAUUUCCCUGUGUAAACGUGUGUACACAAUCGAAGUGCGUACGUACGUGCGCGUAAAUGAGUCUGUGUGCGUUUGUGUUAUAAUCCAUUUCGAUUGCUUUUUCGCCGUAAAAGUGCAAAAGUUGCGUGCGUGCGUGUGUGUGCGUUGUACGUCGAGCGACGGCGACCAUCUUUGCCAAGCGCUUUUCGAUACGGGCCUGCAGCUGUGUGCGUGCGCGCCUGCCCUGGGUGCGUAACCAACACGGACAGAACCGGAGUGUGCGUUAUAGCUAGUGACGAAAGCAUUUACCCCCGUUGUGCGUUUGUGUGUGCGUGUGUGUGUGCUGCGUACGUGUGUUUGACGAAGCAGGAAGCGCUGUAAUCCCCCAAACACACAUCCACACACACAGCUAAUACCUGAAAGGCGUAACCAACACAGCUACACGUUGCCCUUGUUCAGCCCUGGGCUUGAGCUACACAAACGCAGCUUUUUGGAAGCAGCAGAAGACCAGACGAGACGUGUGCGUGCACACGAAAACAUCCCGUGUCCGUCAAGUGUGUGUGUAUGCUUCAAGGAUUAGUACAGUUGUGCCCGAGUUGUGUGCCACGUUAGAGAGACCCCCCCAGACCACCAGGGUCGAUUGUGCUCUAUCGCGUCCGACGUUGGUGUGCGUACACAAUAGCGCACCCCAAUCAACGCCACCACCCCCCUACCCGUUUCGUUUCUGCCCGGGCUCACAGCUCUGAAUGUACGCAUCAGCACCGUGUCCGUACGCGCACAAGGUGUUAACGAACGCAGCAACCACUCGCCAGCAGUUGAAGGACAUUGUGGAGCGAACCGCCGUACCGUUAGCAACAUCCACACAGUGACAUCCCACCACCACCACCCACCAACCACCACCACCGUGCGAACAUGAGGAUAGAGGUGAAUUCGGCCGCCGACUUUCUGAUGAACCUGCUGCGGGUUCGGAAGGCGAACCAGCUGUCGGAGAGCCAGCUGCAGCACUUCAAGGGCUCGCUGGAACAGAUACUGACGCGCCAUUUCCAGUGCCACUGGUACCCGGACGUGCCGACCAAGGGUUCCGGCUUCCGCUGUCUGCGGAUCAACGGCAAGAUGGAUCCGAUCAUCGAGAAGGCGGGCCACGCGGUCGGGCUGAACACGGUCGUGCUGCGGAAGCUGCUCCCGCUGGAGCUGACGAUCUGGAUCGAUCCGGACGAGGUGUCGUACCGGAUCGGGGAGAACGGGACGAUCUGCGUGCUGUACGAUACGGCCCAGAGCCGGGCCAGCCCCUCGUCCGACCUGGACUCGACCGGCAGCAGUAGCGGGAUGGCGUGCGACGAGUUCAUCAUGGAGCGGGUCGGCCGGCUCGACCUGUCCGUGUCGUCGGUGGACAGCGGCAACGGUAGCGGCGGCGGCGGCGGUGCCAUGAUGGUCGACUACCACCUGGAGCAGCACAGCGUCAGCACCAAGUCGCACCAGCAGCAGCACCAGCACCAGCACCACAACAAGUACAAUCACAACAACAACCAAUCGAACAACAACCACCAUCAGCAGCAUCAUUAUGCGAAGCAGCGCCACAGCAACAGCAUGAGCUCGUCGUCCAGCGGACAGACCAGCCCACCGCUGAGCCCACCGUACGGUGCUGCCGCCGGCGGUUUCCUCAACCACCAGCAAAAUCUCGCCAGAUACCAGCAGCAGCAGCAUCCCCAUGGACCGCACCAGCAGCAGCAGCAGCAGCACGGUGGCAACAACUUUUACCCAUCCCAGCCCCAGCAGUACUUCCCCUGGGACAACCAGUUCGUCAACAACAAGGUGCGCACCCAAUGUUAAGCCAGUCGACGGGUGUGGAGCAGAAAGAAGGAGGAGGAGGAGAGCUGCGGGGCGCGCGUAUCUUUCGCGCUUUCUCACACCGAAGAGUGGCGCUCUCUCCCUCGGACCCGACGCAGCAGCAGUGGAGAAGGGCGCGGCGGAAUGUGAUCGAUCAACAGUGUGUGUGUGUGUAUGCCCUGUUGUAAUAUGGCGGGGGCCGAAAGUGGUUCAAGUUGUAAAUUGAUUUUGCGAUAGAGAGAGAGGGUGAGAGAGGGAAAAAAGAAAAUAUGGAAGCUUAAUAAUGCUGGCAAAGCUGAAGAAGAAGAAGAACAUCGGAGAGCACCACCCCGAAGCUGUCCUUAGAAGACGUGUGGUUGUAUGUGUGUAUGAAUAUGUGUGUGAUCCUGCCCGUUCUUCUUCUCGCGUACGUAUGUCCCUUUGGUGGUGCGUAUUUUGUUGUGCGUACGUGUGUGUCCUCUUCUGUUGCGUUGCGUGCGCGUCGAUCGUGUUGUGUGAGUGAGAGAGAGAGGCAAGAAGAGUCAAACAAGGGGGGCGGCAGCAGAAGAACAACAGGAUCCAAAAGUAGUGUAACUACCACCAAUCUCUACAUAAUACCACCCCCACCUGUGUGUACAAAUGCAAGCAAACAAAAGAAGAGGAAGAAGAAGAAAGUGCGUCUGUGUGUCCUGUGUGUUUACAAAGAAAAAGUCCAUUGUGCGUUGCUUUCUGUUUGUGUGUGUACACUGAAGAAAAUUGUGAAUGCAGCCACAUUGAUGCACACACACACACACGAGCGCCCCAAACGCACACACACACACGCGCCAAACCUCCAGCAGUCGACGACAACACCACCCCACGUUGAAGCAGGCGUUGAAGUCUGUUUUUCCCCCAAAUUGCCAUCAUCAAACAAGAAAAUGCGCGUGUCUGUAUUGUAGUGUGUGAGCGCAUGUUGCGUAUGCGUCCGUGUGUGUGUGUGUGGGUGUGUGUGUUUGUAAAAAAUCCUGGAAUGGGGCUGCUGUGUAACGUGCGUGUGAUAAGAGCUAGAAGGGAAAAGAUCCGGAAUGAACGAGCGGAAGCAGCGAAGAGAGAGGGAGAGAGAGAGAGAGAGAGAGAGAGUUCCUACAUGAUAUAUAAUUGUUUUUUAAAUAAGGCGACAUGUUUUGUGUGAUGAGUGAACGCGCGGGUACCUUAUCGAAUAGUUGUAGUAGUAGUAGUGGUAGAAAGAGAAAGAGAGAAAGCGACACACAAAGCAACCCGCACCACCACACCACGUACACGCACAGACGACGUACAACCGAACAGUGCAAAAUACACCCAUUGUUUUGGGAACAAUCGAUCUUCAAGUGAUCCAGAAGAGGAAGGCGCACGAGCACGCACGCACACUCACACACACUGUGAGAGAAGGAAGCUGUGUGUGUGUGUGCAAAUGACGACGAGUGAAGAAGGAGCAAGAGCGAGAGAGAGAGGGAGAGGGAGCGAAACGGAUGAUCUUCAGCAACUAGCGCCGCGCGCUCGACAUCGUUUACUUUGAUGCCCGCCGCGUGUGAUUAACCUCCUUGUUUUUUUUUUUUAAUGUUGUUAUUCUCCAAAAAAGAAAACACCCCCCCUCCUACCCCCCCCCCCCCCUGUACUACAUGACCCCGUCACACUACCACCCUCCCUACACACCACCCCGCCGCAUCCAUCACAAUCAUCUGCUGCUGCGCGGGGGUCGAAGGAGAGAGCAUUGAAGUGGUGUGGAGAGCAAUAGGAUAUAAGAAGAGGAAGAAGAAGAAGCGAGAGAGCGUGUGUGUGUGUGUGUGAGAAAGCGAGGAAGAAGGACGUGGUGUGUUGUGCGACGCAUUUCAAUUGUGAUCAAUAUUAAUUUCAAAACAAAUAUGCACACACACACUCACUCACACACACACACACAUACGCGUGUGCGAAAGAUAAACCGUCUUGAAUAAUAUACCAGUAGGCAGCGGAAGAGAAAGAUGUGCAGAAAAUCGAGUCAUCAAUAUAACAGAACAAGAAGAAGAUGAAGAAACAUAUACACACACACACAAAGAAGAAACAUCACUCUUGGUGUGGUGUGUGUAUUUGUAAAAGUGUGCGACAAAAAAUGAAAAAUUGAAAAUAUGAAUUGGUAAAGAGGAAAAAAGUUUUUGAGUAAGAGCAGGAACAGGAGAAGAGUACAAGCAAAAGAAAACACAAGUGAGCGAAAACGAAAGAAAAAAAAGAAGAAAAAGAAAACAACAACUACAAACAAAAAAAAACUGCAACAAAACAACAAGAAACGAAACGUAAAAAUGUAAAAUCCCCCUCCCAAUAUUAUGAUGAUGAGGAUGAUGAUGCGUGUGUGAUUCGCUCGUGACUGCAUGAAAGCUACAUUUGUAAGAGCGUUUGAAAAGUAUAAGGCAAAAGUCAUAUGGUGUAUGUGUAUGUGUACGAGAGAGAGAGAGAGAGAGAAGGAGAGAAAGGAAGAGGAAUGUGAAGACCAACUCUCGCCCUAACCCGGCAAAAGUAUAAAAUAUAGUUUGUAAAGAAGAGCAAACACAGCAGACAGAAACAACAACAAAACCACCCCGUUUAACGAUACUACUUUUUUUUUUUUGAUGUACUUUACUCCUUUUUCUUCGCGCGCGAUAUGUGUUUGUAUGAGUUUUUAAAAGAUUGUUUAAAUUAAAGAAAAGAAGCUAAAGUAACUUCGCAUGCGCGUGGGGCGACACAUGCUACACGGAGUUGUGUCGUGCCGUAGUGAAGCAGUAGAGAUAGAGAGAUAGAGGGAGGAAGGAGGGGAGCCCAUAGAAGGAGGCCCUCCAUUUUCCCGGGGAACAAAACAAACAAACACCUAAACUCACCAACCAGUCCAAAAUAAUUACUUUAGUAAGAGAGCGUGUGUGUAAUAGUGAUUUGCAAUUUUU